GUUAGUUUGGUUAUAGGCAGCUUGUUUGUUAGGUGUUUUUUAUAAAGUUUUGUAUUACAUUUGAUUAGUUUUUCAAUAAAAAUGUAUUGAUUUAUUAGUGAAUAAGCUUCGUUAAGUGUAAGCGUGAAAAUGGAGAAGAUAAACUGCAGUUUGCUAUUGAUAUCCCUCUGUGCUUUGUUAUGGGGUGUGGCCGGCCAAUACGAGUGGCAAUUGAGAGAUGCUUUCGAUGAAAUUAGAGGCAGAAUUGACAGGGUUUCCGCAGAUAACUGCUAUAUUACACACCUUGAUGAUUUGUUUCUUCCGUCAGACUCUGUUUCGCAUCAUCCGGAUGUAAAAGAGAUUAAUAUUAACCCUGUCUUUCCUAACCGAACGGCGCUGCUUCAUUUACACAACAUGGUAAUGAAUCGAGCGUUUUUCUGGAGCUAUAUCCUGCAGUCUAGGUUUAUCCGACCGGCUAUCAAUGAUACAUACGACCCCGGUAUGAUGUAUUACUUUCUUUCAUCAGUAGCGGAUGUUUCUGCAAAUCCGUACAUAAACGCCAGUUCUAUAUACUUCUCGCCGAAUAUGUCCUACACGUCGUCAUACAGAGGGUUCUUCAAUAAGACCUUGGCCAGGUUUGCACCGAGAGCCUACAGAUCUGACGACUUUAAUGAUCCUGUGCAUCUACAGAAGAUCUCAACCAUGAAUACAUUUAUUGCUGAAGAUCUGGGAGCAUUUGAUCCAGAAAGUUUGUCCAAAGACUAUACAUCAGAUUUUUAUCGCACUAAUGAAUGGUACAGCAAGUGGCUUCCUGAUAGGGUUGGAGAUCGACAUGACACUAAAACAACCUACCAGGUUGAAAUAAGAUAUGCAAAUAACACUAAUGAGACAUUUACAUUUCAUGGACCUCCUGGUAAUGAUGAGGUACCAGGCCCUGUGAACUGGACGCGCCCUUACUUUGACUGCGGAAGACUAAACAAGUGGCUUGUUGCCGCAGUCUCCCCAGUUGCAGAUAUCUUCCCUCGGCACACACAGUUCAGACACAUUGAAUAUCCUAAAUAUACGGCUGCUGUAGUGAUGGAGAUGGACUUUGACAGGAUAGAUAUAAACCAAUGCCCCGAGAGUCAGGGCAAUGAUAAGCCGAACCGGUUUAAAGCAACAGCAAGAUGCAAAAACGAAACAACAGAGUGCGAGCCUAUUCACGGCUGGGGUUUCCGCCGCGGCGGCUACCAGUGCCGCUGCAAGCCGGGCUACCGCCUGCCGAGCAUCGUCCGUCGCCCGUAUCUAGGCGAGAUCGUCGAACGAGCCACCUCCGACCAGUACUUUAACAACUUUGACUGUCUGCCUAUUGGUUGGAUCCAGCGACUGCCCGUGAAAUGGGAGCGUUCGCUGCCGUUCCUCCGCGCCAUGUACCUGGACAAGUACUCCGAGUACGUGAACGCGAGCUCCGGCCCGGCCGCGCUGCACACCGAGCGCCCCAACGUCUAUGAAGUUCUUAGUUUCAUACGGGGCGUGCAGCCUCACAACUGCUCAUUAUACAAUCCAUCCGACCUGUUCUUGAACGGCGACAUCGCUUACGGUGCAGAAGAGCAAUUCGCCAACCAGGCCAAGAUGGCAGUCCGCUUGGCCAACUUCAUCAGCGCGUUCCUGCAGAUAUCCGACCCGAUGGAGGUGUUCAGCGGCACACGCGUCGCCGACAAGCCGCUCACUGAGGACCAGAUGAUUGGCGAGACCCUGGCUCUAGUGCUUGGAGACUCGAAGAUUUGGUCUGCCGGUAUAUUCUGGGACAGAAACAAAUUCAUAAACCGAACUUUCUUCGCACCAUUUGCUUACAAGACUGAACUCAACACUCGGAAAUACAAACUUGAGGAUCUUGCCAGGCUCAACACUACUGAGGAACUCUACACAAACCAACCAUGGUUCCAAUUCCUGAAACAACGCUGGUUGACCAACUUCGACAGUCUGGAGAAAUUCUUCCUCAAAAUGAAGAUCCGCGACGAUGAGUUCGGAAAAUACUUGAAACACUACGAGAGAUACCCGACCUCGUAUAUGGCGGCCAACCUGAAGCAUGGCCACUGGACAACACCCUACUUUGACUGUAAAGGCCAUCUGAAGCAGUGGGUUACCACGUAUGCCGCACCAUUCUUUGGGUGGGACAGUGUUAAAGUUAAACUGGAAUUCAAGGGUGUAGUGGCGGUGACAAUGCAGCUGAUGUCCUUGGAUAUCAACCAGUGCCCUGACAAGUACUACGUGCCCAACGCCUUCAAGGGAACAGAUAAAUGUGACAGGCUAUCUUCUUAUUGUGUACCAAUCCUCGGUCGCGGUUUCGAGGCCGGCGGCUACAAGUGCGAAUGUCUCCAAGGCUACGAGUAUCCGUUCGAGGACGAGAUCACGUACUACGACGGGCAGAUCAUGGAGGCCGAGUUCCAGAACGUCAUCGAGGACAAGAAGACCCGUAUAGACAUGUUCAAGUGCAGGCUGGCGGGCGCUGCGGCCAUACAGAGCAGCUUCGCUGUGCUACUAGCCGUAUUAUGUUUAGUUUAUAAGCUUAGGUAAACAAUGCACUGAGAAUUAAGUAUAAAGUUAUUGCAGCGGAUAAAUAAAGUCACUUGGGUAAGCCCUUUAAAAUUGUACAAAACGUACGUAGAGUAUACGUGUGGGCCGACUUUGAUACAUAAAAAAAUAAUUUCAAAAAAUGUGCGCCGCAAUGGGCUGCUGAUCCUCGUAAGACCCAAGCCCAUUUUUGCGCUUUUGAAUUUGGAACUUUCUUUUAUUUCUAUAAGGCCCACUUGCACCAUCCCAAUAACCCGGGGUUAAGCUGUUAAGCCAUUAGCCCAGUGUCAAAUUGUACUGGUAACCAUGGUAACUCCAGGUUUAACCGGUUAACCCCAGGUUAGUGGAAUGGUGCAAGUGGGCCUAAGAGUUCAAAACUCUAAUUUAAUUUGUACUUGUACAACUACGCGGGGACUUACGAGGAUACACUUACAAUGACAUGGAAUUGAAAUCUUGCUCGGAAAAAUGCCUUACGAAAUAAUUAACGUGUAAUAUGUAGACAAUUUUUCAUAUUAUGUCCAAGCUAUAUAAAAUUACCUGAUAGUUUUAUAAUCUUACUUAUUAUUUUUACGAGUUGUACUCUUGUAUUUUUGAAUUAUCAACAUUUAUUUUGUAUCCGAUUUACAUAAAAAUAAUGUUGACUUCCGAUGCGUAAACGCCGUCCAUAUAAUAUUAGACUGAUGUAGUUAUGUUACUUAUGUUGAAUCUCACUUGUGGUAUUAAAUCACACUUUACAUGAAUUUAGUUAGGAGUUAGUAACAUUUUAUAUAGGAACUGAUAUUAUCUUCGAGGAACACGGAAGGGAGGCGGCAUUCGCACGAUUUCUCCUCUGCCGAGGUACAAGAUUAGCGCGUCAAUCUAAUCUAGCGCGGGUAAUAAAACUAGUUGCACUUGGAUUUUUCACUAGACCGAGUCCAGACGCGCGCGUGAACACUGCUGCACAAAAAUGCCUGUUUGCUCGGUUUUUUGUUAUAAAAAGAGGUCGGGGACAUCAAAUUUACAAAAAGAAAGUGUUACAUUUCACAUGUAAUAUUUUUUUUUACAUAUCAUACGUUUAAUUACAUUCAAACACAAUUAUUAUAUUUUAGUCUCAUGUAAUCUUCGAGCAACACGGAAGGGAGGCGGCAUUCGCACUAUUUCCCCUCUGCCGAGGUACAAGAUUAGCGCGUCAAUCUAAUCUAGCGCGGGUAAUAAAACUAGUUGCACUUGGAUUUUUCACUAGACCGAGUCCAGACGCGCGCGUGAACACUGCUGCACAAAAAUGCCUGUUUGCUCGGUUUUUUGUUAUAAAAAGAGGUCGGGGACAUCAAAUUUACAAAAAGAAAGUGUUACAUUUCACAUGUAAUAUUUUUUUUACAUAUCAUACGUUUAAUUACAUUCAAACACAAUUAUUAUAUUUUAGUCUCAUGUAAUUGUUGGAUUUAUCGAUUUUGCUCGCUCAGUACAAAUUGCGGAUCAGUCGAGCGACAAAUCCGACUUCUCAUCUCUCAGAAUACAAUACAUACUUCAACGAAAAUGUGUUAGUGUGCGUGUUGUGACACUUGUCACUCGUCCGUACACAAAAAGAGAUCGAGGUUUGCAAGAUUUGUCUUUGACUUGUGUCAUUUUCUAUGUAUUUGUGUCGUCAUUACAGAUUGGAUUUUGUAUGUAAGUGUGUGAGAAGUGCGACUGUGUGCACCUUUCCCCCCGCGAAAAAUGGCAGAAAGAUUUGUACGGUGAGAUAUCGCUUGGGCCCCUCCCUUCCGAUGUGUCGGAAGCCGGUGUUGCUCGAAGCAUGUAAUUGUUGGAUUUAUCGAUUUUGCUCGCUCAGUACAAAUUGCGGAUCGGUCGAGCGACAAAUCCGACUUCUCAUCUCUCAGAAUACAAUAACAUACUUCAACGAAAAUGUGUUAGUGUGCGUGUUGUGACACUUGUCACUCGUCCGUACAAAAAGAGAUCGAGGUUUGCAAGAUUUGUCUUUGACGUGUGUCAUUUUCUAUGUAUUUGUGCCGUCAUUACAGAUUGGAUUUUGUAUGUAAGUGUGUGAGAAGUGCGACUGUGUGCACCUUUCUCCCCGCGAAAAAUGGCAGAAAGAUUUGUACGGUGAGAUAUCGCUUGGGCCCCUCCCUUCCGAUGUGUCGGAAGCCGGUGUUGCUCGAAGGAUAUUAUCCGCUUAUUCUUGACUUAUUUUUACUUAUCGUACUUACAUUUUUUUGGUUAUAGAUAUACAUAUUUCUUUAUUUUUUGUUUAACUUUUACAAUGGCUUCUAUUUUAUUAUGAUCUAUUUAAUGUCCGUGCCGUCCAUAUUUGAGACUGAUUGUGAAGUUCACGUGACGAAAGUUGAGGUCGAUGUUAUUACAUUCCCAUUGGUAUUUACUUAUAAACUAUUCGCGUGACCUAUGUAUAUUAUAACAGCUAUCCACUCCAAUUUCAUUUGAAUUAAAACAAGCAUUUAUUAAAAGCAAUCACACUAGAUUAAAUGAUGCUAUUCCAGAGACGUUGUUAGUAGAUAUGAUAUUUAAGUCAAUUAGAUAUAAGAAAAUCAUAUCACCCUUUGGAAAAUCGCGCAAGUAUUAAAUUGUGUGGUACUAUAAAGAAAUAAGUAGCCUUAGAGUGCCCUCUCCAUACAUAGAUAAAAACCAAUUUAUAAUAAGUUCCAAGCAAGCUUUUCGAAAACCUAUUUGUGAUAAAAUUUAAGCUAAUUUAUUAAGAGCGAGUCUUAACAUACGUCCCGUACAACUUAUUAUUAUAUAAUAAAUAGGGAAAGCCAUGUAUCCAUACACUAAGUUUACUUAUUUCUAUAUGGUUUGCAAUAGUUUAUACUUGCUUCCUGUAAAGAAAGGGUAGAAAUCUCAAUUAGUUUUUACUAAAAUGAAUAUUAUUAUAUAGGGCUAUGACAAAGAUGAAAUGUACUGGACUAGCCAAGCUAUGAAAUAUCGCCACGAAUAGAACUCCACGAAUAGAAAAUAUGUACCCACCACCUUAAUGUAUGGGCAAUAAGGCCUUAUAUACAUAUUUUUGCCAUUUUGUCCGUGUCGAUGUUUAAUACCUUGACUAAAGGAUUCAGUUGUCUAAAGGAAUUCAUAAGAAAUGGCAGAAAUGGUAAACAAACUAAUUUACUUUAGUUACUAUAUUAUAAUCACACACUUCAAAAGUGUAUUUACUUUUUCAUCUACUUAAAAUAUCUGUCCCUUAAUUCAAUCUUAAAAGCCAACUUCGUUAAAAUAUUAGACUCUAAAAUGGUAACUAAAUCUGUAAUCUUUGUUUUUCUUUGUUUUAAGUUAAGAGUUCCCUAGUGAUUGCCAUCGCCUUCAAUGACAAUAAAUGUACAGUCCCAAUGGGGUUGGCCGGUAUAAGUAUUUUACAGAUGUCGCCAGCAUAGCUUGCCGUGUCCAAUUCUUGUUUUUUAUUUAGAAGAAAGAAAAAACAAAAACUAGAUACAGGGGAAAGCUUUGAUGGCGCCAUCUAUGCACACCUUUGACAGUUACCAACCCCAUUGCUUUACUUUCGCCUUUCAGUGGGGUGUAGCAUUGUCAAAGAUUAGCUGUGAAUUAUGCUUUUGUUAGUAAUAAGAACACGUAGUAGCAAGCUAUUGAUUUAUUGGUUAAGUUACACUUCAUGGAGUAUUCCACAUUGCACUUCUAUUGUCUUUUAGCCGCCCACAAAUUAAAACUUGCUAAGACAAAUGCAAUUUUUGUUUGCCAAAAUGAAGAUUCAAAAUACAGGGCGGCUAGAGAGCAUAAUAUGCCAUUCAAAAUAAUGCCGCACCAAUAGGGUAUUUGACUGUAUUUAAAAUAAAUUAUUUUACACCGUGCAGGAAAUAAAGCACCAGGAAAUGAAUAUAGACAGCAGUUAUUUUUAGACACAAUUUCUAUUUUAAAACCAAGUUAAAACCCGUAUAAAAAAAGAGUAGGUAAUUUGAUUGUGGCGUCACAUGUUUCAUAUAAAUUCCAUACUUAGCAAAUCGUUUUGACAGUUCGAAAAAAGAAACUGAUUUGACUAGCAGUCAAAUACCCUAUUUUGAAUAGCAAAAGGCUUGACAUAGAAUUGGACCUAAAAUACAGUAGAAUUUGAGUAUGACUUUAUAAUCCAAAUAUCAUGUAUAAGGAGCAUUAGUUGAAAAGGAGUACAUUUCGGAAAUCGCAAAUAAUUCUAGACUUGAUGUACUUUAUCUUAUGGUAACAGGGGCGACACUCGACCUGUCCUAUGUUUGCAACAAGGUGUCCUUUGAAUGUUACUCAAGUUUUAAAGGGUUUCAAGUUUAGUAGAUAUUCGUGAUUUUCGCAACUAUUCCGUUUCCGAUGCACUAUGAAAAUUAAAAUAUAUCAGGGAACUUAAUGUUUUAUAAGCCGUCCAUUUUAGAGAGCUUUUACGUUUUGUAAUAAUAAAUAUUUUUCAACUCUUGAA